GGGAAUCAGAUUUUUUCCAAUUGCUUUUGCACAGCCAUGUUUGCUUUCGGCUGGCUUUUCUACUCUUUCCGAGUUUCUCUCCUCUGCGUCAUUAAUUGUUAGCUCACUGGCUGGCUGUUCGUCUACUUCUCUCUCUCUCUCUCUGCUCACUCCCGGCGGUAGGUCUAUGAUCUGUAACGCGAGUUCUACAGCUUCCGCCGCCGCCGUGUUGUCGCCCAACUGAAGUGAAUGGACUGAGGUGAUAGCUUCUCCUUUUAGGGUUUCGUAAUUCGUCGAUUCUGGCUUAAUUACUCCGUGCUUUGAUCCGCAAUCGUCCGCUGAUGGUCCAACCCGGGAAGCAAUACUCGAUAGCUGUUUCAAUUUUGUGAAUGCAACUGCUUUAAGUUCUAAUUAGGGUUGAAGGGGUUGUAGAUCUCUCUGCGAUCAAGCGAAAAGGCGGUGACUUGCCGGUGCUAUCAUCUGUCUAGGUGUUGGGAGAAGUCGGUUUACGGAUUCAUGGCCGAUUCUGUGUCAGAGGAUACUAAGGGGAUUGAGAAUUUGAUAGCUGCGAGGAAGACUCUGAUGCUAAGCUUAGAGAAGUCAAAAGCCCUAACUUCAGCGCUAGACAGAGCGGGCCCCAGAUUGGCCGAGAUUAACCAGAGGCUGCCAUCCUUGGAGUCGGUGGUCCGGCCGAUUCGUGCUGAUAAGGAUGCCCUGGUUGCUGUUGGGGGCCAUAUUAACCGGGCGGUGGGCCCUGCUGCAGCCGUGCUUAAGGUGUUCGAUGCCGUCCAUGGCCUUGAGAAGAUGCUGUUGUCAGACCCGCGAAAUGAUCUGCCUGGGUACUUGUCGGUGUUGAAACGCCUUGAGGAGGCUCUGAGGUUUCUUGGGGAUAAUUGUGGGUUGGCGAUUCAGUGGUUGGAGGACAUAGUUGAGUAUCUGGGGGAUAAUACGAUGGCUGAUUCUCGGUACCUCUCUAGUCUGAAGAAAUCCCUGCAGGGUCUUGGGGAUUUUCAAAGCAAUGAGAAACGGACCCAUCUCGAUGGGGGGCUAUUGAAUGCCGCCCUUGAUAAGUUAGAAGGUGAAUUCCGUCGGCUCCUGACAGAACACAGUGUUCCUCUACCAAUGUCAUCUUCAUCUUCUCCCAAUGAGCCAGCUUGUAUUGCUCCAUCGCCCUUGCCUGUCACGGUUAUUCAAAAGUUGCAGGCCAUCCUUGGAAGGUUGAUUGCAAACAAGAGGCUUGAGAGGUGCAUAUCAAUUUAUGUUGAAGUCCGUAGCUCCAAUGUGAGGGCAAGCUUGCAGGAGCUCAAUUUGGAUUAUCUUGAAAUAUCAAUAUCCGAGUUUAACGAUGUUCAGAGCAUAGAGGGGUAUAUAGCGCAAUGGGGGAAGCAUCUCGAGUUUGCGGUGAAGCACUUGUUUGAGGCAGAGUAUAAGCUGUGCAAUGAUGUAUUUGAACGUUUUGGCAUGGAUGUUUGGAUGGGUUGCUUCGCAAGGAUAGCUGCUCAAGCUGGUAUUCUCGCAUUUCUUCAAUUCGGGAGAACUGUCACGGAGAGUAAGAAGGACCCAGUCAAGCUCCUCAAGUUAUUGGAUAUAUUCACAUCUUUGAACCAAUUGAGGUUGGAUUUUAAUCGGCUUUUUGGUGGAGCAGCUUGUGCUGAGAUUCAGAAUCUGACAAGGGAGCUCAUAAAGAGGGUAAUUGAUGGAGCGAGUGAGAUCUUCUGGGAGCUUUUGGUACAGGUUGAGCUGCAAAGGCAGUCUCCACCUCCGACAGAUGGGUGUGUCCCAAGAUUGGUGAGCUUUGUGACUGACUACUGCAAUAGACUGCUUGGGGACGACUACAAGCCGAUCUUGACCCAGGUUUUGGUUAUACAUCGGAGCUGGAAGCAUGAGAAGUUCCAGGAGAGGUUCCUUAUAACUGAGAUUCUAAAGAUCAUCACAGCUAUUGAACUGAAUCUAGAGUCUUGGAUGAAGGCAUACGAGGACAGCACACUCGCGAGCUUCUUCAUGAUGAACAACCACUGGCAUUUGUUUAAGCAAUUGAAGGGGACAAAGCUUGGAGAGCUAUUGGGAGAUUCAUGGUUGAGGGAGCACGAACAGUCCAAGGAUUACUACAUGACAGUUUUCCUGAAGGAAAGUUGGGGGCUGCUUCCCGGUCAUUUAAGUCGGGAAGGCCUGAUUCUUUUCUCGGGUGGACGGGCAACUGCACGGGAUCUAGUCAAGAAACGGCUGAAGAAUUUCAAUGAAGCGUUCGAUUCCUUGUACUCGAAGCAGUCGAACUGGGUCAUCUUGGAGAAGGACUUAAGGGAGAGGACCUGCCAGCAGAUUGUGCAAGCAGUUGUUCCUGUAUACAGGAGCUUCAUGCAGAAUUACGGGCCGUUAGUCGAGAAAGACCAGAGCUCAAGCAAGUAUGCCAAGUAUACAGUGCAAAAUAUGGAGAGCAUGCUGGGCUCUCUGUUUCAGGUGAAACCAGCUAGAUAUGGCAGCUUCAAGGGAAGACAGCCUUCUGGCAAAUUUAAUAACAUGCUACCUGAUCACCGCCGUACUGCGUCUGCUGUGAUGUGAAUGACCCAACCCACCAUACACUGGCCUUCUAUUGUGUACAUACAAUAUAUCAGUUGGGUUAUCUCGUUGUAUUUGGGAAAUGAAAGGUUAAAAUGAUCUUGAAGGUCUCCCAGAGUAUCGCAAAACUGGAAUCAUCAUCAUCGUGUUGCAAGUUUGUAGCUUUACCAGUUCAGGUCAUCGAUAGCUCAGUCAGUGUAACUACUCAAUUCUUUUCGAUUUCUUUUUCGUUUUGACAGAUUCAUCCUAGGCCAUUGGUUCCUGUUGCUAGGUAGCUGGCAGUAUAAAUUUUGAGAAUUGCUGGGUUCUGUGUGUACCAUUUAUCAAUCCACCUAGAUGCAUUCAGCAGCCUAGCAGCGAGUAAAUUAUGUUACUUCCUCAUUAGUAGUUAGUUUUCCUGUUUUACUAGAUUGUGUCUGUUGUAGAGAAAGGCAGCAUUUUACCCAAAGAAUAGUUGGCAAUAAAGUUGUGAAUCACGGCCCCGUAUUAUUUAUUAAAAUUUGGCCGUGGCUGCUGAGAUU